AUGGACGAAUUGGUUAUUGGCAGAUUUAAUAAAAGUGACAUUGAUUUCAUGUGUCAAUAUCAAAAAAUUAUGGGGCCAAUUUCAAUAAGCUUGGAUUUACUCCAAGGUGAUACUAACAUGUAUUUUGGUCAUCUCCUACCUACAAUUGAAGAAUUAAUCUAUAAAUAUGAAUUAAUGAUAAGUGAUCAAACAAUUUCAAAUUAUAUGAAACCUCUGGUGACUGCCAUACUUAAUGGUAUAAAAACAAGAUUUGCCGAUUAUUUGAUAGACCAAUUUUUAAUUACUGCUGCGGUCUGCCACCCAUUAUUUAAAACAGCGUGGAUUAAAAAUGACAUAAAAAAACAAUUGGCUUCAGAAUAUUUAAAAAGUGCCUGUUAUGAGUUACAUACCAAUGAAAAUGACAAUAAUGAUGCAGAAGAUAACCAAGUAAAUGAUGAUUUAUCUAGCUUUUUUACCUGGUCGCAAAAUUCCCGAGAGGAAAAAUCAACGGUUAAUGAUGAAAUUGAUAGAUUUUUGGGUACAUCUACAACAAAAACAUUGGAAUGUUUGCAUAGUUUACCCACUAUCAAAAGAGUAUUUGUGAAGUACAACACUCCGCUACCUAGUAGUGCAUCAGUAGAGAGAGUAUUUAGUGUUGGUGGUGCCACAAUAACCAAAAAAAGGACGAAUAUGACAGAUAAGCAUUUCGAACAAAUAAUGUUAAUAAAAUGCAAUACUCAAAUAUUCGAUUAA